AUGGCCUGGUUCACCAUUGGAAGCUUUCAAGAUUCUUUCAGCUUGCGCUCUUGCAAGGCUUAUCUUGCAGAGUUCAUCUCCACCUUGCUCUUCGUUUUCGCCGGCGUUGGCUCUGCCAUUGCCUACAAUAAAAUAACUUCCUCUGCAGCUCUAGACCCAGCGGGGCUAGUUGCGGUGGCGGUUUGCCACGGAUUUGCUCUGUUUGUUGCAGUGUCCGUCGGAGCCAAUAUCUCCGGCGGCCACGUCAACCCCGCCGUCACCCUCGGCGCCUUGCUCGGCGGCAACAUCUCCAUCCUCCGUGGCCUUCUCUACUGGAUCGCUCAGCUUCUUGGCUCCAUUGUCGCCUGCUACCUUCUCAAAUUUGUCACCGGCGGCCUAGCGGUUCCGAUCCACAGCGUGGCAGCCGGCGUCGGAGCGGCGGAAGGAGUAGUGAUGGAGAUUGUCAUCACCUUCGGCCUGGUUUACACUGUCUACGCGACGGCGGCUGACCCGAAGAAGGGGUCGUUGGGCACGAUUGCGCCGAUUGCCAUCGGACUGAUCGUCGGAGCAAACAUCUUGGCGGCCGGACCGUUUUCCGGCGGAUCCAUGAACCCGGCCCGGUCCUUUGGGCCUGCGGUGGUCAGUGGGGACUUUCACGACAACUGGAUUUACUGGGUUGGGCCGCUCAUUGGCGGUGGCUUAGCUGGGCUUAUCUAUUUCUACGCCUUCAUGGCCUAUGGGCCCAGCCCAAUCCCAAGCGAUUUCUAA